GGUAGGCAGCCAUAUUUGCUUGUGUUUUGCUGUUGUGGCUGCGGCGAUCACUUCUACAAAUUCUCAACAAAAUCGGUUGUUUUUCGGGAUUUUGACGCGAGUUUGAUUCCACCUGUAACCACCUCCAGCUGCUUUCACUGUAAACACACUCUGUCAGUAGGAGUCGACGAUGAAUCCGGAAUAUGAUUACUUGUUCAAACUGCUACUGAUCGGUGACUCAGGUGUGGGGAAGUCGUGCCUCCUCCUGCGGUUUGCGGAUGACACCUACACAGAGAGCUACAUCAGCACCAUCGGAGUGGAUUUCAAGAUCAGGACCAUCGAGCUGGACGGGAAGACCAUCAAGCUGCAGAUUGUAAGGAGCCACCUCACACAGCUGUUUCGAAUCCCAUCUGUUGCACUUUUACAACCUUUGACCUUUGUGCUCUGUCUUCAGUGGGACACGGCUGGUCAGGAACGCUUCCGCACCAUCACAUCCAGCUACUACAGAGGAGCUCAUGGUAUCAUUGUAGUGUACGACGUGACUGAUCAGGAGUCCUUCAACAACGUCAAACAGUGGCUUCAGGAAAUCGAUCGUUACGCCAGUGAGAAUGUCAACAAGCUGCUGGUUGGCAACAAGAGUGACCUGACAACAAAGAAGGUGGUGGACUACACAACGGCCAAGGAGUUUGCUGAUAAUCUUGGGAUUCCCUUCUUGGAGACGAGUGCAAAGAGCGCCACCAACGUGGAGCAGGCCUUCAUGACCAUGGCGGCAGAGAUCAAGAAGAGGAUGGGCCCUGGGGCCACGGCCGGGGCCUCUGACAAGUCCAAUGUCAAGAUCCAGAGCAAGCCCGUCAACACCUCGUCUGGAGGCUGCUGCUGAGGCCCCGGACCCCCUUACCCCACAGAGAGGGAGGGAGGGAGGGAGGGAGGGGGGCAGAGGCAUCACGCUGAGGGUGUUAAGCCCCGCCCCUACUGACCACACUCAGCGUCCAACUCGCCCACUCCUUAUGUCAGUCAAACAGCUCAGUCCAGUGAACCUCUGAGCCUUCAAACCAAGCACACGCUUAAACGUAGGCCACGCCCCCACAUGCCCCACCCUCACAGGCCCCACCCCCUCAAGUUUUGACCCAGAGGAUUCACUAAGCCCCUCCCCCACCCCCACACGACGCUUAAAGGCCCUGCCCACUGGCCCCGCCCCCUGUCCGAUCCACGUGCCUUUGCGGCAGGAGAUUCACGUUUUUACGCCUUUGUCGCCAAAUUAUCCCACCACCAUCGCGAUCAUCAUCGUCACCAUCAACAUGUGCCCAACAGCUGUGUGUCAGCUAUUAACAUUCCUGUGGGUGUGAGGAGAGGUGGCAGCCCUGACCCCGCCCCCUCAGCUCCGCCCUCCUGUGCAGACUGACUUUGUGGUUCAUGGACGAGAACAAGAGAGGAAGCUGCAGCCGUGUGACCUUGUCACGUGACCGGCGGCUGCAGAUGGGACGUUUUUGUGGCUAUACUGAGUGUCUAUUAAAACCAUAAAGGAGAUGUUUGGUA